AUGAAGCUGUAUCGAGAGCCGUACUGCUCACCAGUGAGAGAAUGGAACGAAACAGUCCUGAACAACGGCUUCUUACGAUAUCUCGGCUUCUUCAACGCUGAGAGAAUCGUUCUCACAUCUCCCGACGCCCUUCACGAAGUUCUAGUCACCCAGAACUACUCGUUCCCAAAGCCUGCUAGCUUGAGAGAAACGGCAGGGAGAUUCUUAGGAAUAGGGCUUAUCCUUUCUGAAGGAGAUGCCCAUAAGCUGCAGAGACGGAGCAUGAAUCCUGCUUUUGCACCCAAGAACAUCAAAGCUCUGUAUCCUCUUUUCUGGGAUAAGACGAGAGAAAUGGUCGAGAGAAUCACAGCGGAUAGACUUGAGUCGGUGGAGGUGGUAGAGUGGGCAUCGAGGAUUACUCUCGAUCUCAUCGGUGUAGCAGGCCUGGGAAGGGACUUUGGGGCCAUCCAAAAUGCGAAGAGCGAGAUGGUGAAGACUUAUGAUGUCGUGUUUCAACCAUCAGCUCAAGCUCGCAUGCUGCACCUUAUCGAAAGUUUGGUUCCAGCCUGGGUCCUCACAGCUUUACCUAUCAAACUCAACUCAGAUAUGAGCCAGGCAGCCCGAUCAAUACGCGAGACGUGCAGAGACACAAUAUCUUCGAAGCAGAAGAAGCUGAAGGAGAAGAAAUUGGAUGAUAUGGAUAUCAUCUCUGCGGCGAUACGGACUGGGAUGUUCACUGAGGAUGGACUGAUUGAUCAAGCAAUGACAUUGCUUGCGGCUGGCCAUGACACAACAGGAGCGGCAUUUACUUGGGGCGUCUACCUCCUCGCCAAACACCCAGAAGUCCAAGACCGACUCCACCACGAAAUCCGCCAACGCCUCCCUCCCCUAACCCAAGCAAAAGAAACCCCAAUAUCUAGCGUUAACAUCGACUCAAUGCCCUAUCUCCAAGCAGUCUGCAGUGAAAUCCUGCGCUUCUAUGCCCCCGUCCCGCAAACUCUCCGCGAAGCAGCCCACGACACCACCAUUCUCGAUCAAUUUAUACCAAAAGGCACACGCAUCGUCAUAGCACCAUGGGCCACGAACCGGUGUGCUAAGCUCUGGGGUAAUGAUGCACAUUUGUUUAAGCCGGAUAGAUGGCUGGGUGAGAGUGCACAUGGAGGUGCAGAGAGUAAAUAUGGGUUUUUGUCGUUUUUGCAGGGGCCCAGGGCGUGUAUUGGACAGGGGUUUGCGAGGGCUGAGUUGGCGUGUUUGAUGGCAGGUUGGGUUGGGAGCUUUGAGUUUGAGUUAAAGGAUAGGAGAUUGAUGGAUGAGAUGGUUGUUGAUGUUAAGGGCGGUCUUACGGCGAGACCGGCUGGCGGGUUACAUGUGAAGAUUAAAAGAUUAGAAGAGUGGUAG